AGGUAGCGUCUAUGGGGUAUCCACAAUCGGAAGGACCAGCGGCACACACAGGGCGGUAAAAAUAAACCAAUACGCCCGGCCAUCUACGAACAGUGAUAAGAUUACAGUGAUAAUACUGCUCGGUAAUGAGGAUGGCAAGGUCGGUGGGGACUGCUGAAUUAGAUGGAAUUAAGUCCGCUAGAUUAAUGCACGUUCGCCAAAUAGUUGUAGCGGACGCUUUGGCAGCGUUUUAUUUUGAAUAAGUGUCCACUUAACAAGUAAAGUACGUUUAUAAAUAACCUUCUUGUGUGAGUGUUUUUUUAAAAGUUAUGAUGACUUGUGUUUUACGUGAGUUUUGUGGCAGAUGAUUAACAAAGACUGAAACCUUCCCGAUGACCAAAUCUGGGCUCCACGACAGGACGUCAUCCUAUUUAAAUCAAAUAAGUAACCUGAUGGUCGAGGAGUCCUAUAGUUUGAAGUCGUAUCCCGCGUCGGUGACGGAACUUUCGGCGAUGCUGGUCCAUGCGCACAAGGAGUCGCUACCUGAGUGCGAAUCCUCCCCUUCCAAGGCAGGUGAGUCGACGCGCGCGGUCUUCAAAAAGUCCCACACGUGCGGAAGUCUAUACGCAAAGUGCGGGUGCAACAAUGAAGCCAACGGCUUUCGCCAUUCCUACGACUCCCAAUUCUCGUCCGAGAAGCGCUCGUCGAACCCCAGCCUAUCUAACAUCUACCCCAGAGCGGACACGAAGAGGCUCUCCAGUCCAGAGAUACACGAGUUCCAGCACUCACCGCGACAUCCCCAGGUUUGCUUAACGCCAAAGUUCGCCAAAACCCCGACGCGGAACAUAGUCAAAGCCAAUGUCUACCUGAACCAUCCGGAGAUCAACUUCCCCAUACCCGUGGAGGUGCCCAAAGAGGAUUGUGAUAAACUAGUGCCAAAACAGAGCAAGUCCCUUUCCAAUUUAUACCCGGAAAUAAAAAAUAAACUGGACUACCACAAGUAUACCGCGUUGGUGUAUGAAUCUCAACACCAGAACCACCACAACUACAACGAAGAAGAAGCGAGAAAGUUCCUGAGAGACUUCGGUAUAUUCGGACCAAUGGGUAACGGUGUAGCGACUAAUCUGAGGAAGACUUCCAAGAGCUCUGUGGAUGAAGAGACUAUCCAGCAGAUCAGGAGGAACUCCAAAAGUCUUACUGAAGCUAAGAGGAGAGGUUCGGUAUCUCACGAAGACUACGAGUACCUCAAGUCCCUCGUUAGCAGACUGAAGAAGGAGUUGGCAGAUUUGGAAUUGAAGUAUGAGACUUCGCAGUCCGAACUGUACGAUGCCAAGAAGAACUUGAAUUGCAAAGAAUCUGAGGUGUUGAGGUUACAGAGGGAAGUCCACAAACUGAAGAGUGUUCUUCAGCAGACCACAACCUUCGGUCAGGAUGGCGACAUCCUCACGAGCAUCCAAGCUCAACACGCCAUGGCGAACAGAGCGCCACCUAGCCAACCUUCGCUUAACAGCAGCAGCGUGCCGAAGAAACAGGGAGUGUCAGCGGAAUCUAGCGAAGCUACUGGGGAAGCUAGUCACAUCACUAUUACGAAGCAUGAUAAAGACUUUAGAUCCAAACAGCUCAUCAAAGAUGCCAUCAUGGAUAACGACUUCCUGAAGAACUUGGACACGUCGCAAGUGAGGGAAAUAGUCGACUCCAUGUACUCCAAGGAAUUCCCUGCUGGUUCCCUGGUGGUGCGUGAAGGAGAAGCUGGCAUUCAUCUGUUUGUAUCCGCUGAAGGCGACUUCGAAGUGAUCAAAGAUGGGAAAGUUCUGGGUCAUAUGGGGCCUGGAAAGGCCUUUGGCGAACUUGCCAUUUUGUACAACUGUACAAGAACUGCGUCGAUAAGAGCUGUAACGGGAUCCAAAGUAUGGAUGCUGGACAGAAAAGUCUUCCAACAGAUAAUGAUGCGCACAGGGCUUCAAAGACUGCAAGACAAUAUAAACUUCCUCAAGUCGGUGCCGCUUCUGCAGAGCCUCAGCAACGACGUGCUGGCCAAAAUCGCUGACGUGUUGGAGGUGGAAUUUUACCCAGCAGGAGCGUACAUCAUACGACAAGGAGCUAGCGGGGAUUCGUUCUUCAUCAUCAGCAGUGGAUCUGUGAAAGUAACACAAAGACUUCCAGGUAGAUUAGACGAAGAGGAAAUCAGGGUGCUUCAGCGUGGGGACUAUUUUGGAGAACAAGCGCUGUUGAAAGAAGAUUGCAGAACUGCAUCAGUGAUCGCCCUACACCCAGGAGUGGAAUGCCUGACCCUGGACAGGGAUUCGUUCAAUCAACUAAUAGGAGACUUGAGCGAAAUCAAAGAGAAAGAUUACGGAGACGAGGAGAGGUUGAACAAACCGUCGGGCACGGCUCUGAUAGAACAGAUAGAGUAUGACUAUAUCAAGCUAGAUGACCUAGAAGUGGUAGCCACACUGGGUAUAGGAGGAUUCGGUAGGGUAGAACUGGUCCAAUACAUGCACGAUCCUUCCCUAACGUUUGCCUUAAAAUGCCUGAAGAAGCAACACAUUGUCGAUACUCAACAGCAGGAUCACAUCUACAGCGAACGAAAUAUAAUGAUGAGCUGUAAAAGCCCAUUCAUUUGCAGACUUUACAGAACAUUCCGAGACACAAAAUACGUAUACAUGAUGUUAGAAGCUUGCCUAGGAGGAGAAGUAUGGACCAUUUUGCGAGACAGGGGGUGUUUCGACGACCACACCACUAGAUUCAUCGCGAGUUGCGUUAUCGAAGCUUUCGAUUACCUGCACACAAGAGGUAUCAUCUACAGAGACCUGAAACCGGAGAAUCUACUCCUCGACUCCAGGGGUUACGUCAAAUUGGUGGACUUUGGAUUUUCUAAAAGACUGGGCUAUAGCAGUAAGACCUGGACGUUCUGCGGGACACCAGAGUACGUGGCACCGGAGACUAUUUUGAACAAAGGUCACGACAGGUCUGUGGACUACUGGGCGUUAGGAAUUUUGAUGCACGAAUUGCUGACGGGAAAUCCACCUUUUACGGCGUCUGACCCCAUGAAGACCUACAACCUCAUUUUGAAGGGCAUCGAUAUGAUCGAUUUCGCAAAACAUAAUAUUGGAAGAUCUGCUCAGAGUUUAAUAAAAAAAUUGUGCAGAGAUGCGCCUUCAGAAAGACUGGGAUAUCAGCGAGGGGGGAUUCAAGACAUUAAAAAACACAAGUGGUUCCAGGGCUUCGACUGGGACGGCCUCAUUAACAGGACCCUACCAGCGCCCAUUCAACAGCCCGUCAGAGGUCCUUGCGACACCUCGAACUUCGACUGUUUCGGGAAAGAUAACGACAUUCCGCCAGACGAGCUAUCCAACUGGGACAUCAAUUUCUGAUCCAGCCCCUUCCUUGAAUCUUCUUUCUAGUCCGCGCGAAACGAUUGAUAAAUCUUUACAGGGUAGUUGUAUAAUUGUUACAUUCAAGCCAUAUUGUGAGACCGUGCGAAAAUAUUUUAAUAUCGCCUAACGUCUAAGACAAUAAUAUUAUAUUUAUCUAUAUAUGAGAUCUGUAAUAAACGAGUUUAUCUUUU